GACGUGUGGAAACUAAACUGUUUUGGAUAACGUUUGUGCUACAACUCAUCUGUAGUAGAUAAUUGGCUAGCUGGCUGCAGUUAGGAUACAAAAUGCUACAGUUUCUGGUUGGGUUCACCUUGGGCAAUGUGGUUGGGAUGUACCUUGCACAAAACUAUGAGGUCCCCAAUAUUGCAAAGAAAAUUGAAGACUUCAAAAAAGACGUGGAAGCAAAGAAAAAACCAUCGGAGUGACGGAGGAAGGGGGGAGAGAGAGAGAGCUGGAAUGACUGUGUCACUGAUUCACACAAGGAGGGGAGGACAUGAACUGGAAUAAAUAUGCCUAUAACAGUGUGGAGAUAUAUACUAUACUGAUUUAAUCUAUGCAAAAGCACAACUUAAGAUGUAAAAAUUCACUAAAGAACACUGCUUUAUAUAGUAUCUGGACCACUUCCUACAAACCUUUUCUCAUAUCAGUUUUGUGAUCUGCAAAGAUGACUUUAUAUGGCUUUUGGGGUUGAACAUCAGUGACAGGAAAGUAAAACUGCAAAUAAGAUUGAACAUAAAGAUGUUUAUAAGAGUAUUUUUCUAUCAUGGGCAGUUCUUUCAAAAGGAAGCCUGUUGUGGGGGAGGGGUACUGGGAAAUUGGGGAACAAGGUCAGUAAAUUGUGCUUUAAAAGCAGUGAUUGCACUGUUGCUGAUAGGUGAUUAGGUGAUUAUGCUAGUGUUUGUACUGUUAAACAGGUGCUGUUGUACUGCCUGAUAAGAGAGAUGAUGCUUAAAUUUGCUGCCAACAACUACUUUUAAACGUUAUUUGAAAAACAUUUUGUUUCUUCUUAUUUAAUGUUAC